GACGGCGGCGCCUUCCAGGGCGCGCUGCUGGCGCGCGAGCAGUAUCCGACCCCGCUGGGACGGCCGGUGGGCGCGUCCUACCCCGCCGCGUACCCCGCCUACGUGAGCACCGCCGAGGUGGCCCCGUCCUGGACCUCCGGACCCUUCGAAGGCAGCGUCCUGCACGUCCAGGGCCGCCCGGCUGGCCUCCCGGGCCGCAGAGCCGCCUUCGUGCCAGACUUCCUGGAAGAGCUCCCGGGCGAGGGUCGUGAGUGCGUCAACUGCGGGGCCCUGUCCACGCCGCUGUGGCGCCGGGAUGGCACCGGCCACUAUCUGUGCAACGCCUGCGGCCUCUACCACAAGAUGAACGGGGUCAACCGGCCGCUCGUGCGCCCGCAGAAGCGCCUGGUGAGUGCCGCCCGGGCCGGGGGCCUCCUGGUGCCUCGGCCGCUGGCGAUGAAGAAGGAAAACAUCCAGACUCGGAAACGCAAGCCCAAGAACGUUGUCAAGACCAAGGGCUCGCCAGGAAGCAGCACCGGGAACCCUGCAACCUCCCCACCCACUGUCCCGGACCCUGAGCUCUCAGCAGCCGUUUUGAAACCCAAUCCCAGCCUGGCGUCCCCUUCGUGCCCGGACUCCAGCGUCACCUCCCAGGCCUCUGGCCAGGUGGACGACCCCCUGGCUCCCAGCCACGUGGAGUUCAAGUUCGAGCCCGAGGACUUUGCCUUCCCCUCUGCAGCCCUGGGCCCCCAGGCUGGCCUGGGCGGGGCCCUGCGCCAGGAGGCCUGGUGUGCACUGGCCUUGGCCUAGGUCCUCGGGCGCCCGUCGGACCCGCCUCACUGCCGGGCGCCCAGCAGAGGGAGACCGCCACCCCCCGCCCUGGAGGUGACAGGCGGCGGGGCCUCGAGGCGCUGGGCCUCCCUCAGCACAGCGGCAGGGGGGCUCCUGCACGGGGCGGUCGGGCCCCGGGAAAGGGGAAGACCAAUGAGAAGGCCUUGAGUCUCCCCCAAAUGCUGUGUGACACUCUGCACGGGCCACUCCAGCCUCUCAAGUCCACCUCCGCCAUCGCCGGGUUGACACGCUGCAGGAGUUUCUCACAUUUGAUGGAUAAAGACACAGCACCGAGGACUUUCCCUCCGCUGAGUGAAGGACUGCUAGGGACAGAUGUGCAGGUUGUGCACUGUGCCAGGAAGCCACCACAGUCAUCAUCUACUCGUGUGUUUAUUUGGAUGGUUCCCCCAGAGGGGGCAGUAAAGAGCCUCAUUCUGAAUGAACCUGUGCAUCAGAACCGAAAGUAGAGGACCUGGGGCCCCGUGCUGGCCCCACAGGCGCCGUCCGCCCUGCUGGCGGAGGAGCACACGUCCCGGCCUCCCUCGGGCCGUCCCCCCGGGGCUUGUCGUCCAGGGAAUCGUUACCGACGCCCUUUACCUGCAGACGCCCUCCCCUCGCAGGCAGUUAGUUAGUCGGUCAGGCCGGCUAGACCCGGAGGACUAGCCACAGCUGGCGUCGGGGAGGCCCCGGGCACGGAGGGGAGUGGGGACCCAGUCGAAGCUCUGCAUUCGUGUUCACACCGGCAUCCGAAUCCGGAAUGUGUGCGUCCAUCCUGAGGCUGCAGCUCGGGUUCCAACUAUCGACACGUGACAGUGUCCUGUCGGUUUUGUUUUGUUUUUAAGACAAAUAAUGUCAUGAGUAAAAAGUAUGAAAUACGA